UACGUGGGCAUGGGUGUGUGAUAGUGUCUGUGUGCUACGAACCUUCUCAAGGGCCCCGUAAAUCUACUAGGUAGGUGUUGUCUGCCCUUGAGUGAUUGUGACUUGCAUACCCAUCGCAUCUAGCCUGAGGACCUUCAAGACGCGAGUGACGUGUGUAGGGAUCCAGCGUGAACGUGGUUCUCGUGCCCAGGGAAACCACGGUCGACAAUUACCCCGAGCUUUCAAUCAUUCUCCAAGAGACGGUUAAUUAAUUUCGGUACCGACACACGAUGUCCCACAUUCCGUGCAGACGAUCCCGUCCUACAAGAUCCCCACAAGAACCGUGUUUCCACCGCACGAGUGCAACCCCACACAACACACGCUAUGUUUCCAUUCCUCCCCAUUCUCCUUCUGUUCGCGCCCAUAUUCGCGACAGCUGAGAACACUGCCUCUGUCGCCGCGGCAUUCAAAGUCGCCGGCAUCGUGCCCGACGUGCUGCCCUACUUCCGCCCCUCGGCGUUGGCGGAGAUAACCUUUCCCUACGCCAACGGCAGCUCCACAACGAUCAGCACCCCCGGCACCCGUAUAGGCCGCAAUGACUCGCAAACCACUCCGUCCCUAACCCUCCACGGAAUCCGCUCCCCGAACCACUCGCAGCGUUACAUCGCGGUAAUCAUCGACCCCGACGCGCCGAGCCGGCUAACGCCCACGCGCCGUAGCAUCCGGCACUUCCUCGGCGUGAACCUAACGCUCUCCGCCACAGGCUCACUAGAGAACACCACCGCCGCGGACGUGGUCAACGCCUACCGCGGGCCGAACCCGCCCGCCGGCAGCGGGCCGCACAGGUACGUGCUGUUCGUGUAUGAUCAGCCGGAAGGGUUCGGGAUUGGAAGCUUGAAUGUGAGCAAUAUUGCUGGAUGGAAUUUGACCGAGUGGGCGGGCGAGACGGGGUUAAGGCCGCCGGUGGCGGGGGGGUUCUUUGUGGCGGAGGUGGCGAAUGCGACGGUGGUUUAGUGGGGU